CAGGAGUGCUUUGCUUGUUCGAAUUUCUAAAUCAAUGGUGGUUCCAUCAGAUUACAAAAUGCACACAAUUUCUGUAUAUCCGCUCUCCCAGGACCCAGCACUCACUAUAUCUGGUCUCCCAGGACCCUGCAUUCACUAUAUCUGGUCUCCCCGGACCCUGCAUUCACUAUAUCCGGUCUCCCUGGACCCUACAUUCACUAUAUCUGGUCUCCCUGAACCCUGCAUUCACUAUAUCUGGUCUCCCCGACCCGGCAUUCACUAUAUCUGGUCUCCCCGGACCCUGCAUACACUA